GGGAGGAGCACACGACGGGCAGGACAGAGCGAGAGAGCGGAGAGAGAGGGAGCGACUGGUACAGAGCACUCGGAAAGCGUUAGUGAGGAGCAGCGGCGGCGGCCGCCAUGCUGGAGGUGUCUGCUGGCCUGCUGGGCCGGCUGCUGGCCGCUGCUGGUCGCUGCUGACGCCGCCCGUGCUGCUGCUGCUGGCGCUGCUGCUGCCCGUGGCGCUGCUGGUCACGCGGGCUCUCCGUCCACCACAGCAGAUCAAAAACCUGCCCGGACCCAAACCCGUCUACCCGUGCUGGGACACACGCUGCUGGUCCCCUGGCAGGUCACAGACCUGCUGGACAUGCUGAUGCACUACGUGCGUCAGUACCGCGGCUUUUUCCACCUGCAGCUCGGUGUGGACUACGUGGUCAUCAACAGUCCCGAGGCCGCCGAGGUGAUUUUCAGCAGUAACCAGCAUAUCCAGAAAGGAGAGGAGUACGAGUCACUGGAGCCGUGGCUGGGCACCGGCCUGCUCACCAGCACCGGCACCAAGUGGCACAAGCGGCGCAAGAUGCUGACGCCGGCGUUCCACUUCACCAUUCUGGACCAGUUCAUGGACGUGUUCAACGAGCAGUCGCAGGUUCUGGUGGCAAAGCUGAAGGACACUGGCGGCCAGCGCGUGAACGUGUUCCCAUUCAUCACCAAGGCGACACUCGAUAUCAUAUGCGAAGCCACGAUGGGCGUUCAGAUCAAGGCUCAGGAUGGAGCUCGUACAGACUAUGUGCAGGCCGUCUACGAUAUGGGCGAGGUGGUGUUUUUCCGGUUCAUGCGUCCCUGGCUGCGAAACGAUCUGGUGUUCCGACUGUCAUCUCUGUACAAAGUACAAAAGGACAGUCUCAAGCUGCUGCACGGAUUCACCGACUCGGUGAUCCGAACCCGUCGGGAGGAGCUCAGCAAGGCGACAUCAUGCGACGGCGGUGCCGUGACGGACGAGGCAGGUAAGAAGAAGCGGCGAGCCUUCCUGGAUCUUCUGCUCCACUCGACCAUCGACGGCCGACCGCUUAGCGACGCUGACAUUCGGGAGGAGGUCGACACGUUCAUGUUCGAGGGUCACGACACGACCUCUGCCGGCACCAACUGGGCCCUGUAUAACCUGGGCAGAAACCCGGACGUCCAGCAGAAGGUCUAUGACGAGCUGGUGGAGGUCCUCGGCGACCAGCAAAGGCCGCUGACCCGCGACGACCUGCCGAAGCUCCGUUACCUGGAAAUGGUCAUCAAGGAGACGCUGCGACUGUUCCCGCCAGUGCCCAUGAUUGGCCGACGCCUCAACUCGGACACCGUCAUUGACGGGUACCCGAUUCCGGGCAGCUGCAACGUCGGUCUGUUGGUGUACGCCAUCCACCGAGACCCGGUGCACUGGCCGGAUCCGGAGCGGUUCGAUCCGGAACGGUUCAGUCCGGAGAACAGCAAGGGUCGCCACCCGUACAGCUACGUGCCCUUCUCCGCCGGGCCCCGCAACUGCAUCGGUCAGAAGUUUGCGCUGAUGGAGGAGAAGGUGCUGCUGGCCAGCGUGGUGCGAACCUUCCACGUCACCUCCCACGACAGCCUGGACACCAUCAAACUGAGGCCGGACGUCAUACUGCGGCUGGAGGGAGGGCUCUUCCUCAGCUUCACACCGAGGAACCAGUGACGUCACACUGCGGCUGGAGGGAGGGCUCUUCCUCAGCUUCACACCGAGGGACCAGUGACGUCAUACUGCGGCUGGAGGGAGGGCUGUUCCUGAGCUGAGAGCCGAGAAACAGUGACGUCACGGCUAUCAGUGACGUCAUCCUGCGGCUGGAGGGAGGGCUCUUCCUCAGCUUCACACCGAGGGACCAGUGACGUCAUCCUGCGGCUGGAGGGAGGGCUCUUCCUCAGCUUCACACCGAGGGACCAGUGACGUCAUCCUGCGGCUGGAGGGAGGGCUCUUCCUCAGCUUCACACCGAGGGACCAGUGACGUCAUCCUGCGGCUGGAGGGAGGGCUCUUCUUCAGCUUCACACCGAGGGACCAGUGACGUCAUCCUGCGGCUGGAGGGAGGGCUCUUCCUCAGCUUCACACCGAGGGACCAGUGACGUCAUACUGCGACUGGAGGGAGGACUGCUCCUCAGCUUCACACCGAGGGACCAGUGACGUCAUACUGCGACUGGAGGGAGGGCUGUUCCUCAGCUUCACACCGAGGAACCAGUGACGUCACGACUAUCAGUGACGUCAUCCUCCGACUGGAGGGAGGGCUGUUCCUCAGCUUCAGACCGAAGGACCAGUGACGUCAUCCUCCGACUGGAGGGAGGGCUCUUCCUCAGCUUCACACCGAGGGACCAGUGACGUCAUCCAGAUCCUGAGACUAGAGGGAGGGCUCUUCCUCAGCUUCACACCGAGGGACCAGUGACGUCAUCCUGAGACUGGAGGGGGGCUGUUAUCUUGCAACCAGUGACGUCAUUUUGCGGCUGGAGGGAGGGUUCUUCCUGAGCUGAGAGCAGAGAAACAGUGACGUUGCGGCUACCAGUGACGUCAUACUGGGACUGGAGGGUGACUCUUCCUCAACUUCACGCAUAAAAACGAGAGCCAGUGACGUCAGUGAUGCCUGUGACGUCACUGGGUAUGACUGCUGUCAGCCCUGGCAGUCAGUGGAGGGGUGGAGGCUGUCAGAUCCAGAUGUGUGCGUCUAUAUAUAUAAUGAUGGUGACAGGUGAAGACAUAUUACGUCACAAAACUUAUGCCUUUGGUGGGUAGUAUUGGCAGCGGUGAUGAUGAUGAUGAAUUGGCUUUUUUUUGGGCGCCCGGACUGCAGUGGUCAUCGGCGCCCAUCGUUGCCAUGCUAAAUUAAUAAAUAUGUAGUUACGUGUCGCAAAA